ACUGCUGAAAGUCACCAGUCCUCUGCAGGAGAUCACUACAUGAGUAAAGCGUUGUCCAAAGGAAGUCCCAAGAAGAACUCCCAGCCCGCUCUUGGUUGCAAACAUUUGUGAGAGGAUUGUUUGAGCUUCAAUCCAUUGUUAUAUUUUGGCACAUCAGAGUUGUGCAUAGACGUCUGGACUGCUGGAUGCCUGUUUUCAUUCCUCAAGACAGUUCCUUUUCCUCCUUGUCUCACUUAUCUCUUCUUCUUCCAUCUCGCACUACCACAAUGAAAUAUUACUAUCCAGACUCACGUCCUAGGUAUCGGCGAUAUACAAGAGGCCUAAAGACUGUGCGUUUCUCCAAUGAUGUUCUCUUCCAAGACCACAUUCGUCAGGGCGACCUGGAGCAGGUGGGGCGUUUCAUUCGGGCUAGGAAGAUCACACUGGACACUAUCUAUCCCUCUGGCAUGGCUGCUCUCCAUGAAGCUGUGCUUUCUGGAAACCUUGACUGUGUGAAGCUACUGGUGAAAUAUGGUGCUGACAUCAAUCAGAAAGAUGAGGACGGUUGGACACCCCUGCACAUUGCUUGCAGCGAUGGUCAUGCUGACAUUGCAAGGUAUCUCAUCUCUCUUGGGGCCCAACGUGAUGCCACCAAUGAUGAAGGGGAAAAGCCAUCUGACCUUAUUGACCCUGAAUACAAGGACCUAGUAGAGCUCUUCAAAGCAGCCCGAGUGAACUAAGCUUCUACCCUUCAGCUCUUUCCCAGAUGGGAUUCGAGUUUCCGUGGCAAGCAGCCAAGUCUGUUGCAUUCAGGAUGGAGGCUAGCAAAGUUGCCUGUAUAAGGUUGGCAAGGGUGCAAAUAAGCCGCCAAAAGAGACCAGAGUUCGACUGCAAUGUUUAUGUAUAAGACUGGCUACUCCAGUUUUCUUGGAGAGCUAUGCUUGGGAUAGCCCUUUAAAAACAAAAUGUCACGUUUUAUACUAUGCUCCACAGUUCAGUAUCUGGUGGGAGUCAGGCUUUAGCUAAAAUAGAUACAAUAUCUGAAACAUACUGAUGGUACUAUUAUGUAGGAGAUUCACAGAGAUGGUCAUGAGCUAAACAGGAAUGGGUACCAAUUUGUACAAGUAUUGAUCUUUCCAGUUCACAAUUGACAAUGACUGUGACAUAGCCAGUGUUUUCUCCGCAUCAUUCAAGCUAUUUUACUGAAGACUUGGUACAAAGUUAUCCUAAAGAAAAAUGAUCUCCAAAUUCAAGCUGACACCUGCUGUACAUAUGGACUAUCCUAACAAUGUUGUGUAUAAAAUCUUAUUUUCAAUGUAUGCCUGUCCUAGAUUUGCUUUUCUACUGUACUUUUUUAUGUGGUUCUGAACAGCUUUUUAUUUUUUCAAUAAAAAAAUUCCCAAA